AGAGCCAGCCUGGGCCGGGAAGGCGGCCGGAGCUGGAGCCAGAGGUCGGAGCUGGUGGUCCAUGAGGAGGUUCCUGAUGGAGAGAAGCCCCACAAGUGCGAGGAGUGUGGGAAGAGCUUCAGGCACAGCUCCAACCUGAUCAGGCACCAGAGGACCCACACUGGGGAGUGGCCCUACGAGUGUGAUCAGUGCAGGAAGAGGUUUCAGACCAGCUCUGAUCUCCUCAUGCACCAGCGCACGCACACAGAGGAGAGGCCCUUCCGCUGCCCCGACUGCGGGCAGGGCUUCAGGCGGAACUCCCAUCUUGUCACGCACCGGCGCAUCCACACUGGGGAGAGGCCCCACGAGUGUGAGGAAUGUGGGAAGAGCUUCACACAUCGCGCCAACCUCAUCUACCAUCAAAAGAUCCACUCUGGGGAGAGGCCCUACGAGUGUUCCAAGUGUGGGAAGGGGUUUCGGACCCACUCCCAUCUCCUCCUGCACUAUUGGAGUCACACAGAGGAGAGGCCCCUCUGCUGCCCCGACUGUGGGAAGGGAUUCAGGCAGAACUGCCACCUUGUCAGGCACCGGCGCAUCCACAGCGGGGAGAGGCCCUACGAAUGUCCCCAGUGUGGGAAGAGCUUCUCCAGCAGCUCUAACUUGACCCAACACCAACGGAGGCACCGGUGAGGGAAGCCCUGCGAGUGCCCCGAGUGCGGGAAGAGCUUUGUGCGCUGCUCCAGCUCCAUCCCCCACUGCAGGAGCCACGCUGGGCACAGCCCUGGUGACCCACAUUCCCUGUGAUCCAUGCUGGGAACACACCUGGCUGCUUGUCCUUUUGGUUUGGCCUUGAUUUUCUUCUGAUUCAUCUUUAUCCCUUAAAAACAGCCCAAACUGUGUUAAAUGAAUGACAUUGAUCAACGAUCUCUAAAGUCUCACCAUUUCAUAGGUGUUCGAGGGGGCACCUGCCUUUGCCCUGU